AUGAACGAGUUGAAGUCUUUGGAGCAUGCGACGCUAAAGGUACCAUAUGAAAUAUUUAACAAGCGGUAUCGCAAUGCUCAGCGUGUUUUGGACGUUGAAGCACGCCAGGUUGGAACCACCACCCAUGAGCUUGAAAACGUCGCUAGAAAAGAACCUGUCACUACUGGAGAAAUUGAUAAGUUACUUGGUGGAAUGGUAGAGAGAUUAAAAGCAAUGAAGCGUAAGGCAUCUGAAGCGAUCACGGAAGAGGUGCAGACUGCGUACGUUUGUAAGAAGAGACUGGACCACUUAAAAGAGCAGGCAACGGCUCUAUCUGAACCGAGCACUCCUCAAGUUAAGUUUUACCCACAGACUGCAGUGAACCAGUGGCGCAAAGUUCGCUUGGACCGUAUGCUCGUGGAGUACUUCUUACGUAACGGAUACUAUGAGUGCGCCAACAAACUCGCUGCAGCCAGAGGACUAAAGGAUCUCACCAACGUUGAUAUAUACAGCGUAGCUGCUGAAGUCGAGACUGAGUUAUACUCACAGCGCACAUCCCGAUGUCUGCAAUGGUGCGCCGAUAAUAAGAGUAAACUUCGGAAGCUUAACUCUAACAUGGAAUUCAAGAUACGAAUACAGGAGUUUAUAGAGUUGGUUCGCCAAGACAAACGCCUCGAGGCUGUGCGCUACGCCAAGAAACAUUUCUCCACAUAUGAAGAAGACCAGCUCGAGGACAUUCAGCACUGUAUGGGCAUGCUCGCAUUCCCCAAAGAUACAGAGGUGGAGCCGUACCGCGCGCUGCUGGCGCCGGCGCGCUGGGCGGCGCUGGUGGCGCAGUUCCGCGCGGAGCACUCGCGCCUGCUGCACCCCGCGCGCGUGGCGGCGCUGCCCGUGGCGCUGCAGCUGGGGCUGGCGGCGCUCAACACGCCGCAGUGCUACUCCGCCGGCACCAAGGUGUCGGCCUGCCCCGCCUGCGCCGCGCCGCUCAACGCGCUGGCCGUGGGGCUGCCGCACGCGCACGUCUCGCACUCGCGCCUCGUGUGUCGCAUCUCGCGCGCGCCGCUCAACGAGCACAACCAGCCCAUGGUGCUGCCCAACGGACAGGUCUACGGCGAGAAGGCCCUCAAGGAGAUGAUGAAGGAGCACGGCUCCAUCAUCUGCCCGAAGACAAAGGAAGUGUUCUGUAUGAAACGCGUCGAAAAAGUGUAUGUUAUGUGA